UCCUCGGGAUGUUCUUCUUGCCUCCUCCAGACCAAACCCCAAACCCAAGCACCCCAUAUCCCACCAAAUGCCUGCUGCCCAAUGAUGGCUGCUGCUCCCAUCCUGCUCUAGAAGUCUAGCUCCACCACUCCACCCUCCUUGUCGCCGCAUUGUGGAGCCGGCGGCGGCCGCGGGCGAGGGCGCCUUGUCCUCUCCCCUUCUUGGAGGCAACGGCGGCCGGUGAGGGCGUCUUAUCCUCUCCUCUUCUUGGGGGCAACGGUGGCCGGCGAGGGCGCCAUAUCCUCUCCCUUCUUGGAGCCGGCGGCGGCCGCGGGCGAGCCAGGCAAAUUUCAAUCUUUCCUUCUGAGUCUCCCCUCCCUCUUCCGGAUCUUCGGUCCGCCUCCGGCGGCUGCCCUCAGUCGUUCUGGUGGACCGGAGAUCCGCCUGGAGGUGGAGGAUUGGAUUUUUGGAUUGUUCAAGAAUAUUGAGCUGUGGAGAUGAAGAGCCUUCAGUGCUUCUGUUGAAGAAUUAGGGUGAGUCUUUGACUUUUCCAGAUGGACAAGCAGAGCAACCCCAAGAAUGGGGAAGUGGAGAACAAUGUGUUUCGCAGGAUGAUACUUAAUCAGUUUGCUGGGGACAUCGGUUUCGAUGAGGAGAAUGUGCCUUGCAAUACACCAAGAAACUCUGUUCACUCCACAUUCGGUCGCUCAUCAGGCAGGGCUGUUGCUUCUACUAGCGGCAGCCACAACACUGAUUCAGUGAGCCCAGGCGAGUACCUGAAUGAUCCUGGAUCCAUACUGAGUUUGCAACCUUGGAUCUUUAAGAGAAGCGGCUCACAGAACAGUGAGGAAAGGAUGCAUGCUAGUGGCAGCAGGGCAUUCGGUUCAGGCAAAAAUCUGGCAAAUUGCUUUCGAGAUGCUCAAGCUGUCGAAGUCUGUGCAAGGAGCCCUGGUGUUGGUUCUGGACCUGGAAGGGGUUGUGGAGCUCUUAGGAGCAGAAGAUCUCGUAGGAAUUUGAUGAAGCCACUUGUGCCGAUGAACAACUCCUAUGUUCCUCAUCUUUACAGUGAGAACUUUGAAAUUGAAGAAUGUACAUUUGCUCCAGUUCCUUCCCCAGCUUCUGCUAGGCCAUUCAUUGUGACAGAUGGGAGAAGGAUAAUUAGUAAAUCAUGCUAUGAGCCAGUACCUGUACCCUUUAAUACUGGAUUUGAGGAGGAGGAAUGUAGAGGCACCUUAGUGAUGCCAGGAAGUGUGAUUGGGAUCGCUUCUCUACCUGAGCUGAAGAAAUUGAAAGAGGAGGGCACAGAUUCACACGCUGCAAGGCUUGGUCUGUCUAGUUCUCAGAGAAGUAGUAAAUCAUACGGACAAGCAGGUUUACGUGAUCGAUUGCUCCUAUUCUCUACUGGGUUGAGCAUCGGUAUUCUAUCGUCUUCUCUGUCAAACAAGAAGGAAUUUGAUACGUUGAAGGGCACACUGAAGCAAAUGGAGAACUUGGUUCAGGAUUUACAAGAUGAGUUGGAGAUGAAAGAGGGUUUAACUGUGAAAGAAUUGCCUAAUGAAAGUUCUGGCGAACAUGAUGAUGAUAAUAGCAAAAUACAUGAAGUUGAUCCGGAGCCAAUGAGCAAAAUCGAAGCUGAGCUUGAAGCCGAACUUGCGAGACUGGAACUAAAUAUCACCUCGAAACGUUUGGAAGAAGAAACAUCUGACUUCAAUGAGGUUGACCAGGAGUUCAUUGGUGACAUUGUUUGUGGGGAACUGAAAGUUGAUAUGAUCCCUCGCGACCUCACAGAUUACAGCAGUGAAAGUGACCAUGACAUGGACAGCAGAGAAAGUUCCCCCGAUUACACACGUGGAGCAAACUAUCCCGUCUCGCCAAGAGAUCUCAGCAUUCGUCUCCACAAGGUGAUUCAACACAGGCUUGAAGAUCGAAUCAAGGAGCUUGAGUCAGCACUUGCCCAUAGACAGAAGCAGGCGCAACUGCAGAUGAUGGUGACCGAUGGAAUCUUCUCUGAUCGAAUCUGCUCAAACAGUGAGACGGGUUCUUCCAACCAGGAAAGUCCCAUGUUCAUACAAGAAACUAGCUCCAUGGCAGAACCCUACUGUCUAAACCUAUCUGGAGAUGCACUAGAAGCAUAUGAUGAAGCUUACGAGGAAUUCAUGAGAAUUGCAGACUCCCCUUGCACCACAAGUACAAAUGGGAAACCGCAGGUAACUGAAGAUUACUUGGUGGACCGUGGCUUAAUCUGGGGCAUGGAGGAGGAUAGCUCUAGGGAUCUGAAAGAAGUGUCCACUUGGGAGCAAGUUCUGAAGAGUGUGGAUCCUAGCAGAGCUCAAGAGAGUGAUGUGGAUGACGAAGAUGAGACUGACGAUGAUAGUAAAGUGCUGAUUCAGCAGAUUGUAGAGAGAACUAAACAAGGUUCACCUGUACUCAUUAACGCUCAAAAACUUCUGUUUUCUGUAGAUCAAUAGGUCGCUGGACUAUACGGCAUUGAUUUUGAGAUAUGUCAUGUAGUGUAAAAUGAUUGUUGAGGAAAGGGAAAUAUUGAUUUUUUUUAAACCUUCUGGCGAUGUAUUUUUUGAUC